UUGACACUCUGUGUAGGAUUUUGACAGUGAUCUGCCAGCCCCUUUCCCUUUGCUUUUUCAAGUUUCAUUGCGCAGGCGGUGCUGGUGCUACGACGGAUAGACGCACGGGGCUCGCUCGACACCCGCCGCUCCGACAUAUCUGCGAUCACUGCGCAGACCUCAGGCCGGGGACGAUAUCAAGCGCAUCAUCGCAAGUACGUAAAGAGCACACACAUUCACAAUGCACCCGACCCUGAUACGCAUAAGCAGCUCGCAUCGCGCAGCCUAUAUCUACUCUACCCCAGAACGUAACGUGGACUGAGUAAUCAGACUUUCGACCUUCCCCACCCCCACUGCACCCCCGCACAGGAUGAGUCCCGAGGAGUGGGCGACGUUGCACGGGAUCGGGGUCGACUGGGUGCAGGGGUUCGUCGCGAUCACGAACGAGACGGUGUGGAUAACCGUGUACGCCAUGACAGUGCUGCAAGCCUGCAUCGUGCUGCUGCACAAAUCGCGCCGCCACGCGCGCACAUCGCAGUUCUACGUGUUCGGGAUCCUCACGCUCUUCGCGUCGGCGGUGGUCCUCUAUGCGCUCGACCUCGCCAACUUCAUCGUCGAGGCGAAAAUGACGCUCGUCGACCACGGGGACGCGGAUAUCCGGGUCAGGUACGACGGCGCGGUGGGCUUCAUCCUGAAGCUGGCCGCGGCGCAGGAUGCGUUGUUCGCGUAUAUGACGAUCUUGGGCGACGCGAUCAUCAUACACCGGGUGUGGAAACUCAAGGCCCACAGGUACUUCUGGGUCUUUGUGCUCUUAUGUGCCUUGUGGACCGGUGCCGCUGUGGGGACGUUCAUGCUGACGUACUGCGUCGCCACCGUCGGGUCGGGUAUCGUCCUCGGUACAUUCGAGAAUCCUGCAUUCUGCCGCAACGCGCAGACGGUCACGUACGUUUUACCCUGCGCCACAACAGCCGUGGCGACAGGUCUCAUCGCCUACACCGCUUGGAGAUACGCGCGUGAAACACAGCUGCUCACAUCCUCCCGCCGUACAAAUUCAAUCAGGAAUCCGAUUCUGGAGAUUCUGCUCCUACUCAUCGAGUCAGGGCUUCUCUACCUCUUCUUCUUUAUCGUCCUGGUGGUGGAGGUCUCUCCGCGGGGCCAUGCCUGGAUCGACUCGAACCCCGUUCUCUCGCUUGCGUUCAAGAUGUACACAUAUUGCUCCAGCGUCAUCGUCGGAAUGUACCCAACCAGCCUCGUCGUGCUCUCGCACUCAAAAUACGCUGUGCUCGACAGCCCGACCGCCUCGAGCGUCCUAUCGACACUGUACAUCGGCGGGAUGCACGGCCCGCCUACCACCGGCACCGCUUCUCUUCUUUCCAUGGCAGCCGCAGCCGGCUCGCCGCCGUUCAAAUACACGCCACGGGCGGCGGUGGACGAGCUCGAGCUGCAGUUGAGGCACCCGGCCUUCCACGCGAAGCCGGCCGGAGACGCUCGGCAGCGGUCUGUGGAUCUGACGACCGUGAUCCGCACAGCGGAGGUUUAGAUGGUAGAUUCGUUUGGAUAUAUUGCGUAACGUUACAUCGUCUUAUAAUCGUUCCUGUUGUACGUGCUACUUAUCCUGGGCCUAUAUCUAUAUCAUAACUGUACAUGAUAUCCCUAGUUGUCGAUAGAUUUUCUACGAGGGUUCUUAUGAAAUGGGCAUUCGGGCCCUAUCGAAGUAUGACCAAUGGCAGUAUGACCAAUGGCCAGUCCCUGCCAUACGUAGGGCGUCUGCAGACAUCUACACGAGGACACUUUGAGAAUCGAAUUUUUGAGUCG